UAGCGGCAGCAUAAGAGCCCAUCCACAUGAGAAGAGAGUCGUGAAAUCCGCUCAGGAGGAGCGAAAAUGCGGAACCAGGACCAGAUGAAGUAACAGUGGAGGUUUCUUAACCAACCCUCACAUUUCGACCAGGUCAGUAAAGUCCCGUACCCGGUGUGUGCUCUCCCGUGUUGAAUAAUGGAGCCAUUAUAUCAAGAAACUCCGUGUAACAGUGUUUUUUAAGAAGAGUUCCCUCGUGCUUCAUUCAAACAGCAGGACCUGGUGAAUGGAGGCACAGCUCUAUGACCCUGACAGCCUCAGAUCUCGGUGUCUCAGCUCGUGUUCUUAGACCAGAAUGGCUACAAAGAGCCGGUAUGUGCUGCAGAGAGUGCUGAGAGGACUCCGAGCUCACAGUGUUUGCUCCCAGAGCUCAGCCUCGACCUCCAGUGAAGGACGCCUGCUGUGGAGACCUGCAGUCAGACACCUGAGCUGCUCUUACUCCCUCUGUCAGGCUGCUGCUCCAACCACAGGUCCCAGCAGUUUGUCCUUCAGGAGUCACACCUGUGGAGAACUGAGAACGGAUCAUGUGGGAGAGAGAGUCACUCUGUGCGGCUGGGUCCAAUACCUGAGGUAUCACUCUGUCACUGCUGUUUACGACACCCAACUGAAAGUCAUCAACAGACAGAUUUAAAGCAAUGCUAGACAUUGGCUGUAAACACUGGUGGCUCCAGACAGCAAUGAGAGGUCACAGUUUAACAGCCUUGCUAGCAUCUCUGUAUGAGCUGUACCUGGACUCAGUCACUAGGGUUCAUCCUGUGGUGACCAUGAACAUCUGUCUGUUUGUUUGUCUGUUUUAUUGCAAUCCAUUUAUCCCUCAG